ACGUGAUCAUGCAGCAGCCACCUGCAACUUGAAGCGCACAUGUAAGGUCUGCAAGGAGACACACCUCACUGUUCUUCACGACUCAGUCCAGGCCACAUCCGGAGCUGUUCUCAUGGUCAACAUCCCCUCAACACAGGUCUAUUUCGAUCGCCCAAACAGAUCCCAGAGAAUUAUGUUGAAAGUGGUCCGUGUCCUAAUACACAACGGUGACCAGUCAAUGGAAGCGUACGCUGUUCUCGACGAUGGUUCGGAAAGAACGGUCGUCCUCCCCCCAGUGGUACAACACCUGGAGAUUAAAGGUAGCUCAGAGAAUUUAGCCCUACGCACAGUGCACCAAAGCGUGAAGCACCUCGCCGGCUCAUCUGUUUCCUUUGACAUCUCAACCACAGAGAAGCCAUCAGAGAGGUACCGCAUUAGUAACGCUUUCACUGCUAAGGAGCUCAGCCUCUCCGAAGUUACAUACCCCGUCCAAGCUCUGCAGCAGCGUUAUCAGCACCUUAAAGGGCUCCCUCUACACCCGCUGAGUCAUGUGCAGCCGUUGCUUCUGAUCGGAUCAGAUGCACCUCACUUAUUAACCCCUAUUCAGCCAAUACGUCAAGGACCAAACGGUGGACCAAUCGCUGUAUGCACAUUGCUCGGAUGGACCCUGCAGGGCCCAAUGAGUCCUUUUCAAGGCCCUCAGCGUGAACAACAGUGUUUGCACCUCGCCACUGUGGAGGAUCGCCAUGAGCUCGUUCGUCAUGUAGAGCGCUUAUGGCAACUAGACAGCCUGCCCCAGAGCGAGAAAGUGUACACCAGGUCCAAGCAAGACCAACAAGCCUACGACCUGUUGCAGUCCGCUACUACAAGAGUCAAGGUACAGGGGGUACAACGCUACGCUACACCAUUACUACGUCGCACUCCCGUAGUUAAGCUUCAUGCCCAAAAGGAGGCAGUGCUGCCUAACCUGCGUAACACAGAGCGCAGACUCAUUAGAGACCCCAAGAGAGCCGAGUCCUACUGUAACGAGAUCCGCAAGCUUGAGAAGGCAGGCUAUGUGGCUCGAAUCACUGCAGAACAAGCUGACAUGUCUGAAGAAUCGUGGUUUAUUCCACACCAUAUGGUACACCAUAACGGUAAAGACAGGAUAGUCUUUAACUGUUCAUUUCAGCACCAAGGACAGUCCCUAAAUGAUCAGUUGCUGCCAGGGCCUACACUCGGGCCAUCCCUCCUAGGUGUCCUGCUAAGAUUUCGCCAGCACACUGUAGCAGUGAGUGGGGACAUUAAAGGAAUGUUUCACCAAGUGCGCCUCUUGCCAUCUGACCAACCACUGCUACGUUUCUUGUGGAGAGAUAUGCACAGAGAGGAAGAACCAUCCAUCUUUCAGUGGCAGGUCCUGCCCUUCGGAACUACAUGCAGUCCGUGCUGUGCUGUCUACGCGCUUCAGCGCCAAAUCAAAGAGAGCAUUAGCAAAGGUCACCCAGUGUCCGAGACUAUAGAACAGUCCUUCUACGUGGACAACUGUCUCCACAGCACCUCUACUCCAGACGAGGCAAAAACCUUAGUGGACAGCCUUUGCCGAAUGCUUGCAGAAGGAGGAUUUGAGUUAAGGCAGUGGGCAUGCAAUCUCCCAGCUGUUAUUGAGCAUCUUCCUCCUGAAGCCAGGUCAACAGCCAGCGAGCUCUGGUUGUCAAAGAGCAGUUCUGACCUUCAAGAGCUGACACUCGGCAUGCAGUGGAACUGUCUCACAGAUACUUUGGGAUUCAAACACCGCUCCACUGAACCUAUGCCCCCCACGCUUCGCACUCUGUACAGGAAGUUAGCCAGCCAAUACGACCCGCUGGGCUUCAUGAUCCCAUUUACAACCCGUGCUAAGGUCCUCAUUCAAGAUCUUUGGAAACAGGACAUUGGCUGGGAUGAUCCAAUCGAACCUGAACAUCUGCGUGAGGAAUGGCUGUCGUGGGAAGAGGAACUGUCUAAUCUCCCAAACCUGUACUUUCCACGACCCUACUCCCCUGCCUGCGCCGAUACGCCAUCUUCCACUAGGGAACUACACAUCUUCAGUGAUGCAUCGGAGAGGGCGUACGGGGCAGUGGCCUACAUUCGCACCAUUGAUGAGACAGGAAAGAUCUACGUUGCCUUUGUUUGGGCCAGGUCCCGGGUGGCACCACGCAAGAAGCUGUCAGUACCCCGCUUAGAAUUAAGCGCAGCCCUCACUGGCGCUCAGAUGGCCAAAGCGAUCCAAACAGAGUUAACCAUACUCUUCAGUAAGGUCUUCCUGUGGUCAGACUCCACAACUGUACUGCACUGGCUACUAUCUGAAUCUUGCCGUUACAAGGUUUUUGUCGGAACUAGAGUAGCAGAGAUUCAGAGCCUGACGAAUGUGACCGACUGGAGGUACGUGGACACUAAUCAAAACCCAGCUGACGACCUUACUCGGGGUCUGAACCUAGCAGCCCUGACACAACCACAUCGAUGGAGCUCUGGUCCGACCUUUCUAUAUCAGCAACCUGAUGAAUGGCCAGUACCUGUGGUCCCAUUAGGAGAGCCUGAUACCUGUGAGCUGAAGAAAUCAGCAUUCAUUGGAGUUACUACAGUCAAUGCCAACGCUCAGCUCCCAGACGCCUCUCAAUUCCAGUCCUGGCAAGACCUCGUCACCGCCACUAUCAGGGGCCUUAAUGGGGCGGCCGACGCAAGUACCGACAGUCCCUAUGAUGCAGCAGAUGUUAUAGCUGCAGAGAAGUCAGUUCUAGCCCAGUCACAGCUAGAAUCGUUUCCAGCCGAGACCAAAGCACUCAAAGCAGGCAAGCGCAUUCCUGCUGACAGUCGCUUAGCAUCCCUUGCCCCAGAGUUUGAUGAGGUCACAGGUCUGGUAAGAGUUGGUGGCAGACUACGACGAGCAGAAAAUCUUGAGCCUGAGGCCAUUUACCCCAUUGUUCUGGACCCGGGUCAUCCAGCUACACGUCUACUCAUUCAGAAAUUUGACCAACAGCUUCUCCACCCAGGUCCUGAACGUGUUCUGGCCGAGAUGCGACGCCAGUACUGGGUGCUUCGCGGACGAGAGGCUAUCAAGAAGCUCCAGCACAACUGCCGAGACUGCCAACUUUGGCGGGCCAAGCCCAAUAUUCCCAAGAUGGCCGACCUACCGCCCAGCCGAUUACGCCUUUACAAGCCUCCAUUCUAUUCUACUGGCGUAGACUGUUUCGGCCCAUUCCUGGUCAAGGUUGGACGCAGACAGGAGAAAAGAUGGGGGAUAUUGUACAAGUGUAUGACCACCAGGUGCGUGCAUUUAGAUCUUCUGGAAAGCCUAGAUUCGGAUGCCUUCUUAUUAUCUGUCCGACGCUUCAUCUCAAGACGAGGCAAACCAUACGAGCUGCUUUGUGACAACGGCACUAAUUUUGUCGGAGCCGAUCGGGAGUUGCAAGAAGCCUUUUCCGACAUGGGCCCGCAGUUACAGGAGCAGUUGGCUAGCCAAAGGAUCCACUUCCGAUUCAAUCCACCUAGCGCCCCUCACUUCGGAGGAACGUGGGAGCGAGAGGUGAAAUCCGUGAAGACAGCCCUAAAAGUAAUUCUGAAAGAGCGGUCUGUGCCAGAACCUGUCCUUCACACCCUCCUUGUGGAAACUGAAGGGAUACUGAAUGCUAAGCCACUUGGUUAUGUUUCUUCGGACAUCGCCGACCCUGACCCCAUAACACCGAAUCUCCUUCUUAUGGGACGUAGGGACUCUUCACUACCCCAGGUGUAUUACGACUCGCAUAACCUGCUGGGAAGGAGGAGAUGGAGACAUAGUCAGAUCUUAGCCGACAACUUUUGGACCACCUUUAUCCGACAGUACCUGCCCAGUCUCCAGGAGCGCCAAAAGUGGCGGACUGAUGGCAAGGAACUCGACACAGAGCAAGUCGUGCUCAUUGUGGACCCUCAGCUGCCACGGGCCCUCUGGCCUGUGGGCACUGUUAUGGAGACCUUUAAAGGACCAGACGGACGUGUUCGCACUGCGGCCAUAAAGGUCAAAGGUAAGACCUACAUCCGUCCUGUUGCCCGGCUGAUCCCGCUCCCCAAGUGCACUGAAGAGGAUCAGGACUCUUCUGCUGGCCUUUCUAACUGAUUACAAAUGUCACAUCUGACAUUCGGGGGCGGCUGUGUAAGAAAGCCAAGCAGAAGGCGCCCGCCAGCGACCGGCUUUCUGUUGCUCCAUACCGCCAGCUCCUUUUUCCUUUCUCCCCCACGUGAGCACGCGGUGCGUGCAUGACAGCUCGGUGCUUCAGCGGAGCGGAGCAUUAAAGCCGAAUGAACAUGUUUUCCGUGCGUAAAGGACGAUAAACCACGGAAACAUCACACGAACACACACGACCACAUGAACCCACACAACACAUAUUCAGCUAUAAACCCCAGCAUGUUCAAUAAAGAAUCUUAAAGGCCUCCUUCUCCAGUCCUAAUUCUCUAACCGGAAUUAAGCCAUACUGUACCGCCUCAAACCAGUGAAAUACAGUAGCGGGCACUAUAAAUAAAGUGCCACC